AUGAAACCACUAUCGCUGGAUGUUAUUUCAAGAUACCUUACUAAAAAUGUUAUAGCGGAAGUUUUUAAAUUGAAGACAGACAGCGAUGAAGACAUAGAAAAUAUUGAAUUAACAAAAGCAGCACCAAAUGGCGAAGGUCUCCUCAGUGCAGUCUACAGGAUCAAAGUUACAGGCAAGAGAUAUUCCACAUCCUUUAUCGGGAAGGGUUUCGUUGACAAUGAACGCAUCAAAAACUCUUUAAACUGUGCCGAACUAUUCAGAAGAGAGGCAUUGUUUUACUCUGAUGUGCUACCUAUACUAGUCGAUUUGCAGCAAUCGUUAGGUGCGAGCGAAUGCAUUCAGAACAGCGUGCCUAUUUGUUAUGGUUGUUAUCUGGACGGCGUUAAUGAUUAUAUCGUUCUAGAAGAUCUUGGCGAAAGUCGCUGUAAAUCUUUAACGAAACACCCUACAAAGUGCGAACGGGAUUCAGUUCUAGAGACACUAGCACAUUUGCACGCAGUAUCGAUGACUUUGCGAAUCAAGAAGCCCGAUGAAUUCAAAAGGAUUGCCGAUUUAAUUCCAGAAGCGUACUAUACUGAAAAAAAUCGUGAUUGGUAUUCGAAAUUUCAACACAAAGCUGUAAUGAUAGAUCAAGCGAUUUUAAUUGAACACGAAGAUCCAUCGUCUGUUUACUAUAAAAAAUAUAACGAGCUGCUCGGUCAAGACGUGUACGGGUGCUUGAUCGAAAUGACGACGACUCGUGGAGAUUUCACUGUGAUCAAUCACGGAGACUCUUGGACUCCGAAUUUUCUUCGUUCUAAAGGCAGAACUGUUGCGAUUGAUUUUCAGAUGAUACGAUGCGCUUCGCCAGUUACGGAUCUAAUGCUUUUCUUGUUUAUGUGCACAAACGUUUGCUCAAAUGUCGAACAGUUUGAGGAAGCUCUCGACCAUUAUUAUAAUUUUUUAGAUUAUUUUUUGAAAGACAUGGGCAUGGACGUCGCAAUUGUCUUCCCAAGAGACGCUUUCGAAAACGAACUCAAAAUAUACGGAAAGUUCGGAUUUCUUACAUGCCUGACGUCAAUUCCGCUCUUAGCAAACGAGGGGACCAGUGCGUUACAAUUGACAGAAGAUUUUCCAGAACAUAGUCGAAUACCAUUAGAAAAACUAUGGGACAUUUCACCUAUCAAAAACGAGCAGUAUCAGAUGAGAUUUGUGAACGCUUUAAGACUAGCUGUAGAUGCGAAUCUUAUUUGA